AUGUCAUAUCUACCGCAAUUUGUACAGAAUUUACAGAGGAAUUCGGAUUCAAUUUUACCAGAAAAUGCUCGUAUAGGAAACGGAGGACCGCCUCGGAUACGCUAUCUUGCCGUGUUCAAUGCCAAAUUAGCUGAUCAGUUGGGGGAACGUAAUGCAGACCUUAUCAAGCAAAUCGCAUGCUUUGAGACUGAUUCAGAACAUAAGGAUAUGGAUAUGGAUGAAAAAUUGAAUGUUAUUGGCUUCUGUAGUGGCAUUGAAGCUUUUGCAUUGGGAUUUUCUUCAAAAAGUGAUAAGUCUUUAAAUGAAAAUAUUAUCCGAACUGAUGGGUCUACCAUUCUUGUCAAAGAAUUGGAAAAGGAUUAUCAUUUAGUCUGUUGUAUAGGUUCGUUAGACGACCGUGAUUCAGGAAUGAUUGGUAAACAACUUCUAGCAUCCUUGAGCACUGCAUAUGACUACUACAGAAUGUUAAACAAGUCCAUGACAGAAGUGUUGUCAGAGUAUGACAUUGAAGUUCUACAAACAUCCUUAAGCGAGUUUUGGGGCGGGUAUCUUAGGGACUAUAACGAAAGUGCCGAUAGAUGUAUUCAUACUCCGUUCAAAUGGGUCAAUGAUACAGCCAAUUAUCGAGGUGUAUUAGGGCUUUUCCCCCUGGCAUUCAAGAAAUCAUCACUUCUGCUUAAUUUCAAUUGUAGAAAUGAAUUUGAUCUGAUCUUGUCUGAACUGUAUCCUCUGAAGCCUCCUGCUGCCUUGAUGGUGGCCAAUUUUGAUGAGUCCAUUCCAAAAACUUAUGGUGUAAUUCAUGUGGGGAGCAAUGGAGAAAUCGCAAAUCAAUCUUUACGUACCGUGUAUAAUUGGUUGGAACUUCACGAAAGGAGUAACAAGUUGGGAGGCACACAUCUUGCAUCUCCUGGAAAUGGAGAAUUGUUUAAGCGGGUGGAAGUGCCACAAGAGGUUCUACUCCAGGCAGCAACAGCUGCUGCAUCUGCUUCUGCUUCUCCUUCCACUUCUACAUCGCAUGCUAGAGGUCCAGAUGAUUUAACUUCUGUACGGUCGUUCCGCACAACAGCACAAUCAACUUUGGAUAUUUUGAAUCCGGUAAACCUUACAAACAAUUUGGUCAUACUGCCAUUAAAUUAUACAAUGAAUGGAAUGAUGAAUAUGGGAGGGAAUGCCAACCGCUGGCUCGGGGGGCCCUCUUAUUUACUGUUUGGCCAAGGAAACUCAUCGGCAUCACAGGAUUCAACCUCCCAUAGUCAAAAUGACACAGAUGAUGAAGGAGGAGCAGAUGAUCAUACAGGAACAUAUCUAGUCGGAUUGGUGGCGAAUUCUCUGGGUGAUACCAUCCAUAGGAAACUUGUUUAUCUCGAACAACUGGAUUCUGGGAAACUUCAAGAGUAUCUGUUGGUGAUUUAUACCAAGGGAAACCUUGUGGUUGUAUUGGUCUAUGAUUCGGCUUUGGAAGAAUUGGACCAACCUUCUUUCUAUGAAGCUCUCCAAGAAACUAUCCUAGAGCCAGCUAUCAAUGAGAUUAUAACAUCACUGAUGGUUGGUGUCAGUGAAGGAAUGACUGGUAAUUCCAUCAACUCCUUAAAGUCCUUGAAUGGGAUAAUUGAAGACGGUAGUACUGCCCAAGAUUUUUUCUUUAUCAUUUAUGAUCCUGAAGAAGGAAGCAUUAAAACUUCACUCCCAUACUUACCCCUGGCAUAUCCAUCUGUGGCCACCACUACGAUGGCCGUCAAAUUAAAUAAUCUCAUAUAUUACCUUCAUGAUUCGCUUUCAGAUCUUUUCAUCGUACAGGAAAACCCAGAGUUCUUCCAGAACAACAAGACCAUGAAGGAAUAUUUCCACAAGUUUAAUGCCGGGCGCUCCACUGACUGGAUGUUUUAUUAUAUCCAAUACCAUGGGAAGUAUAUUAUAGUGAUCAAGAACCAUAGUUCCAAUCGGAAAACCUCUGGUGGUGGUACUAGUAGGAAGCCCAGUUUGGCUGUUAACCUCACUCCAUCGUCUCCUACAGGCACAACUAAUAAUAAUAAUGCAAAUGGGUUUUUGGAUGGGAUAUAUGACUACGCGCAUCUUGGGUUCUUGGAGAAUCUUGGAGACGACGUGAAGGUGUGGCUCGAAGGGUUCAGUAUCAAUGGAGAAACAUAA